UCGAAAGAUACUUACGAGUUGAUAAUUAUUAAGUUACUCAAGUGCGUGUGAUUCCAUGGCAGCUGCCUGUGAUGCCUACGACGAAAACGCAGCGCUUCUCGUGGCGGCAGAGAGGGGGCGAGUUGGAUGUGUAUUGGGAGUGGUGGACGAAGGAUCAUCUCGAAACGAGUCCAGCGGGACGACGGUGUCGGCGCUGACGGUGGCGGCGCAGCGCGGCCACGUGGGGUACGUGCGGGCCCUGCUGACGGCGGCGGGGGCUGUCGGCGCGGCGGGGGCGGCGGCGGCGGAGGAGGACGAGGACGGGUGGACGGCGCUGCACUGGGCGGCGCAUUGGGGCCACGCGGCCGGGGGCGUGGUCGACGGCGGAAGCGGGUGGCGGCCGCUGCACUGCGCGGCGCGCGGCGGCCACUGCGCAUGCGCGGGCGAACUGCUGCGCGCGGGCGCGGACCCCAGGCGGCGCGCGGCGAACGGCGCGCGCCCCGUCGACGUGGCCGCCGGCGAGGACGUGCGUCGCGAGUCUCAUGAAUUAGCUACUAACUCUGAGAAUAUUAACUAUUUUUCAAAUGCCUACAUAUGUGCUUCAAAAGACACUGAUGGAGUAGUUUUGGAUUCAGAAGCUCAAAAGCUGUUAAAACCAACACAGUCGGCGCUGCGAUAA